GAGGAUUCGAUUUUACUCCAACACAGUGAUUGCGUCUCUGCUCUGAGUAAAGCUAUUCUCUUUUCAGUCUCGGUCCCAUCUGAUCGUUAUCUGCUCGUCUAUUGCUUCCCGCGGGAAAAACAAAAAACUUGAUGGGUAUCUAAGGUAGUUUAAUGCUUAAUUAGUCCCAGAUUCGCCUUAUUAGUCGUAACCCUGUAAGUCGUCAUGGAUCAAAGUUUUCAUGGUUCGCCCAAUUUCAUACAUGUCGAUGACCUUACUGAUUUCAAUCAGCACCCAAAUCUUCUAAACGACUACGCUUUCAAUGUACCCUCCCCGGACCUUACCUUCCUCGAAAGUCCUCUUCUUAUACCUGACGUGGAAUCCACUGGUUUCGCUCCACCGAUGUCAUUAGGAUCUGCGGCGGAGGCAUAUGCUCCGUCCGCUGCUGCUGGAAGCUUGAGCCCAGCGUCUGUGAUUACGAGUCCAGGGGGCUCCCCCUCCGAUGACAGUGAGUUCUCGGAAACGGUUCUGAAGUUCAUGAGCCAGAUACUUAUGGAGGAGAACAUAGAGGAAAAACCCUGCAUGUUUUACGACCCCUUGGGUCUCCAAAGUACCGAGAAAUCGUUCUAUGAUGCUCUCGGUCGGGAAUACCCUCCUCCCAAUCAUCACCGACUCGUCGAGAGUCCUGGUGAUGUUUUUUCUGGUAGUAGUAGUGAUUACGGUACUAAUAGCAGUACCAGCACAGAUCCUCAGUGGUUCGGUGAUAUUGUGGAGUACAAGUCAUCUUUUCCCCAAGCUACUCUUCCUGGUGAGUAUGUUUUCCAACCCAAUUCGCAGUCCAAUGACGGAUCACAGUUUUUGGUCAGUUCGUCGAACACUCUGUCUAAUACUGGUGAUGGGGUGGAGCUUUUGGCUGAGAACAUUUUUACCGACACUGAAACUAUGUUGCAAUUUAGGAGAGGGUUAGAGGAAGCUAGUAAGUUCCUUCCUAGUGGUAAUCAGUUGGGUAUUGACUUGAAUAGUAGCAUGGUGCAACCACAGUGGAAGGGAGAUGAUCAUAAGGUGGAGAAGGGUCAGGUGAAGAAUUCCCCGGAUGGGUCUAGGGGAAGGAAGAAUCAUGAGAGGGAAGCUAUAGAUAUGGAAGAAGGGAGGAGUAAUAAGCAAUCCGCGAUUUAUGUGGAUAAUGAUGAACUUUCGGAAGUAUUCGAUAAGGUGUUGCUUUCUACUGAUGGACUUGCUUUGCAAUUUUGUAAUGGUGAACCCCCGAAAAAUGGAGCAACGAAGCCCUCACAGAGAAAUGAGCAGCCACAAGGAGGUAUUGGUGGUGGGAAGAGUCGUACAAAGAAACAGGGAAAGACGAAGGAUACAGCUGAUUUGAGGAGUCUCUUGAUUUCAUGUGCACAAGCUGUUUCGACAGGUGACAAUAGAACUGCUAACGAGUUACUGAAGCAGAUUAGGCAGCACUCUUCCCCUUAUGGUGAUGGGUGUCAGAGGUUGGCCCAUUUCAUGGCUAAUGGCCUUGAGGCACGCCUGGCUGGUACUGGCACUGGAACUCAAAUUUUUUAUAGUUCUUUAAGCUCCAAGAAGAUGUCAGCUUAUGAAAUGUUGAAAGCUUACAACGUGCUCCUUUCAGCCUGCCCUUUCAAGAGGAUCUCUCUAUACUUUGCUAACAAAAUGAUUUAUAGGUUAUCAGAGAAAGCAACAAGCAUUCAUAUUAUAGACUUUGGUGUUGGAUAUGGUUUCCAGUGGCCAAUUCUCAUCCACAAACUCUCUAAAAGACCUGGUGGACCUCCCAAGCUACGUAUUACCGGGAUAGAUUGCCCCCUACCUGGAUUCCGGCCAACAGAGAGAAUUGAGGAGACCGGUCGUCGCUUGGCAAAGUAUUGUGAGCGGUUCAAUGUUCCUUUUGAGUACCAUGCCAUAGCUUCACAGAACUGGGAGACUAUCCAAAUUGAGGACCUCAAGAUUGAUAGGAAUGAGAUGCUUGCUGUGAACUGUCUGUACCGGUUUAAGAACUUGCUUGAUGAGACUGAUGAAGGGACCAGUCCGCGGAAUGCGGUUUUGAACUUAAUCAGGAGGAUGAAUCCUGAUGUUUUUGUCCAUUCAAUUGUUAAUGGAGCAUACAAUGCCCCCUUCUUUGUUACAAGGUUCCGAGAGGCACUCUUCCACUUCUCUGCAUUGUAUGAUGCAUUGGAGAAUAAUAUAAAACAUGAAAGCCAGGAGAGGUUGAUGUUUGAGAGAGAGUUCUAUGGGAGGGAGGCUAUGAAUGCUAUAGCAUGUGAGGGCUUACAGAGGGUUGAGAGGCCGGAGACAUACAAGCAGUGGCACGUCCGUACUACGAGGGCCGGUUUCAAGCCGCUUCCGUUGAACCAAGAGCUCGUGAACAUGUUCAAGUCUAUAACGAUGGAAUGGUACCACAAGGACUUUGUACUUGAUGAAGACAACCGCUGGUUGCUUCUGGGAUGGAAGGGCCGGAUUGUCUAUGCUUGUUCUUGUUGGGUGCCGGCUUAGGAAUCUUGCGCUGGCUGUUUUUGAAAGCUCAUAAUCGAGGGAGGGCUCAGCCGGCUAUGAAACAUUAGGUAGUGUGCAAGGGAUCAUCUUCGUUCUAGUCUUAGUGUUAUCCUCUCUGUGUUGUAACUUCACUUUUUAUGUACCAAAAGUCCGUGUAUGCUUACAUUCUUCAACUAUCUAUAGGUGUUUGUAUAAUAUGUUGGAUACUUAAUAGCAGCGGUAAAAUAAUAGAACUUUUCUCUA